AUGACGGUCAAGCAACUAGAACACGCCAGUAUUAAGAACUCUUGGUUCACUGAAGUUUCCGACUCUUUUCCAGGCCAGGGCCUGAUGCUGAAGGUCGAGGAAAUUUUGCAUGUUUCGCAGAGCGAGUUCCAGGAUGUUCUUGUGUUUCGAUCCACGGAGUACGGAAAUGUGCUGGUUCUGGAUGGAGUGGUACAGGUGUCUGAGCGAGAUGAGUUUGCGUACCAGGAGAUGAUUUGCCAUGUAGCCAUGAUGUCGCAUGAGUGUCCCAAGAGAGUGCUGGUUAUUGGAGGCGGAGAUGGUGGAGUUCUCAGAGAAAUCGUUAAGCAUGAGUCUGUGGAGGCUGCACAUUUGUGUGAGAUUGACGAGAGCGUCAUCGAGCUCUCCAAGAAGUAUCUCCCCAACAUGGCCGUAGGUUUCGAUAACACCAAGGUCACAGUUCAUAUCAGAGACGGUUUCGAGUUCAUCCGAGAAGUUGCCCGGAGUGAUGAGAAGUACGACGUCAUCAUCACUGACUCUUCGGACCCCGAUGGCCCUGCUGAAAAGUUCUUCCAGCGCGAGUAUUUUCAGCUUUUGCACACCGCCCUCAAUGAUGACGGUAUUGUUAUCACCCAGUCUUCGGAGAACGUCUGGCUCAACUUCAAGUUUGUCAAGCAACUCCGUGACAUCUGCAAGGGUGUUUUCGCAUCUGUGGAAUACUGCGCUGCUCUGUUGCCCACUUACACCUCUGGCCAGCUGGGUCUGAUGGUCUGCAGUAAGAAGCCGACCAAUCUCAAGAUCCCCAAGCGACAGUGGACUCAAGAGGAAGAGUCCAGUCUGGUCAGAUACUAUAACAAGGAAAUCCACGAGGCAUCAUUUGUGCUGCCCAACUGGGCAAAGCAUUUUUUGGAGGGAACCUCUCUGUAG